CUCGCCUGAAGCUGAGCUUGCUGUAUUAGUGGAGACCUGAGGCAUAUGGAGAAAAACAGGUAUCAGCACUGAUUCAGAGGUUGGGGAUUGGAAAAAAAACCCUGUUCAGCCAUGGGCCAAAUGAACUGCAUACAUCUUUUCUUGGCUUUUGUCCUCUUUAACCCUCAGGGGAUAACCGCUUACGGCUUCAGAAAUUGCAUCCAAGACAUGAAGGAUCCUUCGUAUUUCAAGUGCAUGCAGCGUUUCCUGAACAAUAUCUCCAGUAUUGUAGAUGACCUCCCUCAUAGCGCCGAAGUGGUCAACGCAUCGCAUAACACCAUCCCAGUCUUGCCUUAUGGGAGCUUCCGUCACCUUCCUCAACUGAAGAACUUGCAGCUGAGCUACAACAAAAUGGAGAAAAUAGAAGCGGGGGCCUUUGCAAACCUCGGGGCUUUAGAGAGGCUCAAUCUCUCCUGUAACCAUCUCACCAAUCUUUCCAAAGGCAUUUUCCUUGGCUUGGCAAACCUCACCCUCCUUCUCUUGCACAAUAAUCACUUGAGCGUGCUCCAUCUGGAGGCCUUUAGCCCCUUACCCAGCCUUCUAGAUUUGCAGCUCCAGUUCAACAACUUGAACAGUUUUGAUGUCGUGAUUCGGAGCGUGCAGAAAUUAAACCAGCUGAAAUACCUCAACCUUUGCAACAAUAAUCUGAGUUUCCUUCAGCUGGGAGUGGGGUUUCCUCCUUCCUUGUAUAACCUUAAGCUCUGCAACAAUUCCCUUUGUAAGAUGGAAGGUCCGGGGCCGAGAUUCCUGGGGAACGUCACGGUGCUGGACCUCUCUUACAACAAGUUUUCAGAUGCCUCUUUUUUUGCUAAUGUUAGCCUUCAAAGACUCCAAAGAUUAAAGUUGGUGGGGAACAACAUCGACAUUCUCCAGCUCUUGGAUAUGUCUGACCUGAAGCCUCGCAGCUUGGAUUACUCUGGGUUGCAUUUAAACAAAGUUUCCCAGCUGACCAAGGUGUGCCAGCAUCUUAGGAAAUCCAACCGUCCUUUCGACCUCCAUCUGCAGAGCAAUAACCUGAGGAACCUGAGUUACCAAGCUUUCCUAGAUUGUCCUCCCAUCCAGCUCCUAGACCUUUCCAGGAAUCGGCUCCGGUCAGUGGACUGUAUGAGGCAAAUGUUGAACGCCACGGCGCAAAGCCAUUUGAGUAAGUUGUUGUUGGAGCACAAUUUGUUGAAACACCUGAAGGGUUGCCAGAAAACAGCUCCCUUCCCGGAGCUGACAACCAUUUCUUUCCGUUUCAACCGCAUCCUCUCGAUCAAAAGUUCAGCUUUCCACUACGCCCCUCAUUUGACCACGCUCCAUCUAAACAUCAACAGCAUUGCCUUCCUCCACGCAAAAGCCCUGAAGGGUUUGAAACAACUCAGGGAGUUGCGUUUGGAUAACAACCUUCUGACGGAUAUCUACAACGACAGCUUUAGUGACCUGAGCAACCUCCAGGUCCUCAAUCUCAGAAACAACCAUGUUUCGGUUCUCUUCCCCGGCACCUUCAAGAGUCUCGGGAAGCUGUCGAUUUUGGAUCUCGGGGGAAACAAUAUCCACCAGCUGUCCAAUGUGUCCUUCGAAGGGCUGAAGAACCUUUCCAAUCUCUACCUGGAUAACAACAACCUCCAGUACAUUAGCCCUAGUUUUUUCCAUCCAAUUGAGAGGACGCUCCAAGUGCUAGAUCUGAUGGGGAAUAAGAUAUACUUUAUCAGCAAGAAUCAGCUCAAGCAACCCCCCUUUGGGAACCUGGGCAGAGUCUACGACCUCAAACUUCAGUCUCAGCAACCCCACGGUUUGAGAGUCAUUCCCUCCAUGUUCCUCAAGGGCCUGACCUCUUUGCGCAACCUCUACCUGUCAGAGAACAAAAUUCUGUCUAUUGCCCCGGAUGUCUUUGAUGACUUAGGGCAGCUGGAACUUCUAACCUUGUCCGAUACCAGCAACGGCAGGGGGGAUUUCCCCCCUGGGAUAUUCAAGAACCUGAAGAACUUGAGAAAUCUCAAUCUGGAGAACGCUGGGCUUCGCACCCUGACUCUGGAGGUCUUUGGCAACCUUAGCAACCUGCGCUAUCUUAUGUUAGGGAAGAAUGAGCUGCGGACGUUCAACAGCAGCGUGGCGGAAGCUCUUCCGUCACUCAGCUACCUCGACCUACGCAAGUGCCCUUUGGCUUGCACCUGCAAUAAUAUUUGGUUCCAGAAUUGGCUGAGCAAUAAACGGGUGCAGGUGGUCUACCUCUACAAUUAUUCUUGCAAUUCUGGACCGCAGCCUAGUUACGUUUACAGCUUUGAUACCCAUGUCUGCUUCCAAGACAUUGGGCUCUACCUGUUCUCCACCACCUUCCCAGUUUUGCUGCUCUCCAUGCUGCUACCUUUCCUUUACCACCGCAGCUACUGGCACAUCAAGUAUCACAUCUACAUCUUGCGCGCUUGGGUCAACGAUUACUGGAGGCGAGGCAAAGACGAGCACUACAAAUUCGACGCCUUCGUCUCCUACAACUCCGCGGACGAGAGCUGGGUGCUCAAACAGUUGGUGCCCAGUCUAGAGAAAGCAGGAGCUCCCACCUUCCGGCUUUGCCUCCAUCAUCGAGACUUUCAGCCCGGGAGAUACAUAAUAGACAAUAUAGUAGACAGCAUCCACAAUAGCCGACACACCAUUUGUAUUAUCAGCAGGAAGUACCUGCAGAGUGAAUGGUGCUCCAUGGAGAUUCAGCUUGCCAGCUACCGGCUUUUUGAUGAACUGAAAGACGUCCUUAUUCCUGUUAUCCUAGAAGCCAUCCCUGAGAGGGAGCUGUCUGCCUAUCACCGGAUGCGGAAAGUGAUGCUGAAGAAGACCUACAUUGCGUGGUCUCCGGAUCCAGAGGCUCAGCGGUUGUUCUGGGCUAAGUUGAGGAUGGCCCUGAAGGCCAGUAAUUCAGAGGACAAAGAGGAGAAAAUGACCGAGUGGUUUGAUCAAGAAGAGACGUCAGAUACGAGCUUGUUGCUACCCUGAAUCCAUUUGGGACACACGGAAGAAUGGCGUGGUGGAAUAUUGAAGUGUUGUAAGAUGGCCUGUUUCCAUGCACUUUUUCCUUCCUCCAUCUGUUAAUGAUCAUGUGUCAGGGCUCUGGUAGUGACCCCCAUUUAAAACAUUA